AUGAAGAGCAGACAGAAAUCGAUUGAGGGAGGAGUAAAUCCCUAUAAGAAUAUCGUUAAAUGUGAACCAGUCAGUUCAUAUACGCGUUUUGAUUAUUUUCAUAUUCAUAUAAAGGAAGGUAGUUUGCCUAUCUUGAACAAUCAAAAACUUAAUUCAGUCCUUGAAUCAC